GCGAUGAGUAACGUCGAAAAGUUCCAUGAGGCGAUGCGCCAAUACAUUGAAACCAAAGAGUUUCAUAAAAUAUCGCCGCAUGAUGCUGCUGAUGUGUUUGUUAAGUUGUUAGAAGGUCAUGGAAUCAAGGUUAUUGCCUCAGAUUUCGAUUCUACCAUGAUUGCUAAGCACUCAGGUGGAUUUUGUGACCCAAAGGAGGAUAUAGAUGUACUUUCAUCUGUAACAGCUCACUUUAAAGCGGUUGGUGAAAGGCUGAAAAAAUCGAAUAUUAAACUUGUUGUUGUCACCUUCUCGGAUGAUUCACACGUCAAGAAUCACCCUGUGUAUAUCAGCGGUGCGAGAAUGGUAAAGAAGGCACUUGAACAUAGCAAUUGUGCAGCCAAUAUAGAAAAGGUGUAUGACUUCUACCCUAGAUUCUGGUCGGAACCUUCACAAUACACACAACUGGGACUUGCAGCACCCAUGCCCAGGCACAAGGAAUACCACUUGAAUCAGGUUUGUCAUGAUUUCAACGUCCAAAUGAGCGAAAUUGUGCUUAUCGACGAUGACAUACAUAAUUGUAAAAACGCAAAAAAGAUUGGAGCUGCGGUGUUAUACGUUAAAGGUGCGGGGUUUGACCUUACAGAGGUUGACCUAAUUUGAACCUUGCGUAUAUUCUAGGUACGACAGCAUAACUGGCAAGAGCUCGCCAUCAAGCACUGUAUUCACUUCAACUGUCUCCCAGUUGGUGCGAUGGUCUUUAAAGCGUUGGUCAGGGCUAAGAAUGUAGCUACGCAUAUGACGGCCCCAAUCGGCCUCAACUUCCUCACCACGCAGCUCGUUGCACUUCUCACGUAGUUGU